AUGGAGACCUCCCUGCUGCUACUCAGCCUGGGCUUGGUUCUUGUAGGAUCUUCAGGAAACAAAAUGGAGACAACUGAAAAAGAAUUCUCAGAGGAUGAGAUGGGAUAUGACUUGGCAGGCAGUGCCCAAGAAAAACCUACCAUUGAGGUAUAAAUGAACUCAACUUUGUUAUCUAAAAACAACAGCUUGAGCACAUCCAAGGAUGUUAUAUCUUCAUCAUUGACAUUCAGAAAAUUACAUGACAGCUUCCCCAAGGGAAACAGUCCAGGUAAUGACAAAGAGUAUUACAAUGACAUGACAAUCUGGAGAAGAGUUUCACAAGCUAAUGGGUCAUGCAAGUUGAGUGAUAACUCUGUUCUUGGCUCCAUGGAAGUGACUGGUGGGGUCCCCAAGGCCCCCAGGUGUGAGUGUAGACAGAAUCUUGGCAUAAGCUGCUCUGAGAGCCCAGAACUGGAAACCACUAUGGGCCAGCUCAGUACAGCAAAUAGUUCCCCAGGUGCCAAAACCAGUGUUACCUCAUUAAAGAUAUUGGUAGUGCUAACAGGUAAUUCUCUGGUGAGCUGGUUAGUUAGUGGCUCUAAGUUGUAA